AUAAAUUUGCUAAUGGUCAUCCACUGAUCAUCAAUCGUCAUCCACUGGUGCUCUUGCGACGCAAGCCUGUUUUUGAUAUGACGCUCACUGUCAAGUCUGCAGUUCAGUUGACAUCAGGGUUCUCGAUGCCUCUCCUAGGGUUUGGUGUGUAUCAAAACUACAACACGAAGUCCUCUGUGCUAGAGGCUUUCAAAGCAGGUUACAGGCACGUCGACUCAGCGCAGGCCUACAAAAAUGAGGGUGCAGUGGGCGAAGCAAUCAGGGAUAGUGGUAUCCCCCGAGGAGAGUUAUUCAUUACAACUAAGUGUGUCAGCAAGACGCAUGGAUAUGAUAGCACCCUCAAAGGUGUCGAGGAAUCAUUAGCAAGAUUUGGCUUCGAAUACGUUGAUUUAUUUCUUAUCCACGAUCCGUUUUCUGGCACGGAGCGUCGCCUGGAUACGUAUAGAGCAUUACUGGAUGCCCACAAAGCUGGUAAGAUCAGGACAGUGGGAGUCUCAAACUACGGCGUCAAACACCUUGAUGAAAUAAAAAUGGCCGGUUUGCCUAUGCCCGCUGUCAACCAAAUAGAGCUCCAUCCCUUCUGUCAGCAGCGCCCAAUUGUGGAGUACUGCCGUGCCCAUUCCAUCGUGGUACAAGCCUACUGUCCCAUCAUCCGUGGGCAAAUGAGCCAUCUGGCGAUCCAGGCGGUUGCGAACAAGUACGGAAGAGAUCCGGCUCAAAUACUGAUCAGGUGGUCCCUGCAGAAAGGAUUUGUGCCUCUUCCCAAGUCUGCAACACCUAGCAGGAUCCGUUCUAAUGCGGCCGUGUACGAUUUCGAGCUAGGGCAUGAGGACAUGGAACAACUCGAUGCCCUCGACCUCGGGAAGGCCGGUGCCGUGAGCUGGAACCCUGUUGAUGCGACAUGAAUUCGAAGCGACAACGAGGCAGCCGAACGGGGUAUGUUGUGGUAUGUGGUUCAUCCUGUUAAUCAUCUUCCGUCCGAUUUUGCAAGAAGUCGUUGCAUACAUACCGCAGGUAUGUCACUGUGGCGGCAUACUCUGUUACCCUGUGAAAUGUAAUUUGUGGUAUACUGGAGAAGCCUUCCUCCGCUCAGAACAGGAAAAGAUUCUGCUAGUCAGGAACAAGGUAGGCCGGAGAAGCGCAGUGCUCUUCCUCUUCCCACCUUGCCAAUUCGGCACUAAACAGCGGUGCUUGUAAUCGUCGAACCGUACAAUCAGGAAAUAUUUCUUCCCGAGCAAGCCACACUAGCCAACGGAAUUCUGAGCUUCAAGGGUUAUUAUGCCUGACUUCUGCGGUCCUGGUUGAUGCAGACGUUUCAGAGCGAACUAUAUAAUAGUUCCCGAGGAUCCUCUUAAAAUUAGGCCUUUAAUCGAGUGACUUUUCGUAAUAGAAAUGACGCAC